AGGACGGACAGCUCGCUGCACCUGCAGUCCCGCAGGCUUUCCACCUCCUCGCUCUCUUCCACGGGCUCCUCGUCCCUCCUGGAGGACUCGGAGGACGACGUGCUGAGCGACACAGAGUGCAGGAGCCAGGGCAUCGUGCACCUGGAGCACGGCGAGGACACCAACCAGAAAAAGGCAUGGCAUACAAUUAAAACCAUGGUUAACUUACCAGUCAUCAGCCCUUUCAAGAAACGCUACUCAUGGGUGCAGCUGGCUGGGCAUACAGGGAGUUUCAAGGCAGCUGAUAGCGGGAAGAUUCUCAAACGCUUCUCAGAGAAUGAAAAGGAAUGUUUUGAGCGAUUGAUGAAAGACCCGCUACGCUCCUGUGUCCCUUGCUUCCACGGUGUGGUGGAGAGAGAUGGCGAGAGCUACAUUCAGCUGGAUGACUUGCUUACUGAUUUUGAAGGGCCUUGUGUGAUGGACUGCAAGAUGGGGAUCAGGACGUAUCUGGAGGAAGAGUUGACUAAGGCUCGUGAGAAACCAAAGCUGCGUAAGGACAUGUACAAGAAAAUGAUUGAAGUGGAUCCUCUGGCUCCCACGGCUGAAGAGAAUGCCCAGCAUGCUGUCACCAAACCCCGAUAUAUGCAGUGGAGGGAAACCAUCAGCUCUAGUGCCAACCUGGGCUUCAGGAUUGAAGGGAUUAAGAAGGCAGAUGGAACAUGUAACACAAACUUCAAAACUACGAAGACACAGGAGCAAGUUCUACAAGUUUUUGUGGAAUUCAUUGAGGGCAACACAACUAUUUUGAAAAAAUACCUCAAGCGUCUGCAGGAAAUCCAUAUCAUUCUUGAAUCCUCAGACUUCUUCAAGCGACAUGAGGUCGUUGGAAGUUCACUACUUUUUGUACAUGAUGGCAGUGGGAAUGCCAAUGUGUGGCUGAUCGAUUUUGGAAAGACCACGCUUCUCCCUGAUGGGCAGACACUGGAUCAUAGGAUCCCCUGGCAAGAAGGCAACAGGGAGGAUGGGUACUUGUUAGGGUUGGACAAUUUGAUUGGCAUCUUGGAAAGUAUCACUGAAAGAUGA